AAGUUUGUGGAGACAAUGUACAAUGCAUUUUGGGACCACUUGAAAGAUCAACUGUCUCAUACUCCUCCUGAUUUUUCUUGUGCUCUUGAACUUAUAAAAAACAUAAAACAGAUUUUAAUGUCACUACUAUUACCACGUCAGAAUCGUCUAAGAAAUGAGAUUGAAGAGGCACUGGAUUUGGAUCUCCUCAAACAAGAAACAGAGCAUGGGGCUCUAGAUGUUCCUCAUCUCUCCAACUAUAUCGUCAAUUUGAUGGCCCUCAUGUGUGCACCAGUUAGAGAUGAAGCUGUACAGGAACUCGAGAGCAUAAAAGAUCCAGUACAGUUACUGAGGGGUAUCUUCCAAGUUCUAGGCCUGAUGAAAAUGGACAUGGUGAACUAUACUAUCAAGAACAUUCGACCAUAUUUACAGGAACAUUCUAUACAAUAUGAAUGAGCUAAAUUCCAAGAACUCCUUGACAAGCAGCCUGAUCUCCUUGAUUGCACCACAAAAUGGAUGACUAGAGCUGUCACAGAGCUUAUUACAUCACUACCAAGUAUAUCUGUCUCUCCGAGCACCUCUUCUGGCACAAGUGCAUUUCCAUUUCCAAAGCCUGACCCGGAUCCGCCUAGUCUUACAACAGUGUUAUACCAAGGGUACCUAAAUCUUGUUCUCAGGGACCAUGGGAGCGAAGAAUUCCCUGAGACUCUGCUGAUGGAUAAAGCACGACUGCAGAAUAUGAAAUCCAAAUUGCGCCACUUGACCAUUCUAGCCUCAGUUUUACUUGUGGCAAGAAGUUUCUCUUGUGGUGUUUUAUUCAGCUCGCCAGAAUUUGUGGAUAAAUUGAAAUGCAUAACGAAGGCUCUAACAGAAGAAUUUAGCUCCAAGCCAGAAGAAUCUAUGUUAAGUGUGAGUGAACAAGUAUCUCAGGAAAUCCAUCAAGGUCUUAAAGAUACAGGUCUAACUGCUCUGAGCAGUGAAAAUAGGGCAUCACUUGUAGGACAACUCCGAAACAUUGCCAAAACGGAGAAUUGCAUCCGUACCAUCAUCGAACAACGGAUACAUUUAUUUCUGAAGUGCUGUUUGAUUCGAGGCAUGCAAGAAUCUCUUCUGGACUUCCCCGGAGGCCUCCUUUUCAUUGAGCCAGAGCUGGCAGAACUGGGUUGGAAGUUUGUUAAUCUGAUGCAUCACAACCAGCAUGUGUUUAGCCCUUACUAUGAUGAAAUCCUAAAAAAUAUCAUCUCUCCACCCAGUACAGAAGAAAACGAGGAAAAACCUUUCUGA